UUUACAAAGGAAACGAUUGAACAUUUCAAACAAAACAACAGCAAGUAAAACGCAAAGAAGUUUUCAUUUUCAAGCGGAACCCCAGAAAGCUGCUUUCCACAGAUUUGUCUAUCGUGCUGCUGCGCACAGUGGGAUCAUUAUGGUGGCUUGUUGCUUGGUUGCGUGGGCAGAACGUGGAUGACAUCUUCGGCCAUCGCCAGCCCAAGAGCAGCUCUGUGAAGGGCUCCGACUGCGAGCACGGGCAGCGGAGUGCUCGUAGACAGCGGGGAAUGAUGCCGCGGCAACGGUCGCCUCACCCGUCAGCCAGCGUGGCGCCGGCGGGGGUUGCCAGUGGCGACGACGGGUACACCUGCGGAGAGAGGACCUCCCUCUGGCUCCUGUCAUGUGUUGACAAAUCCGUCAAAGUGAUAGAACCGAUCCUCAUCAUUCUGGCCAUCGGCCUCAUAUCACUGGACGUCUACACCUUCUUCAAGUUCGUUAUCCCGGAGAUCACGGAGCGGCGCGGGCAGCUGGUGACUGCGCUCCACGGGCUGUGGGCGCUGUGGCUGCUGUUCAAUGUGUUCUUCAACCAGUUUCAUUGUGCUUUCAGCAGUCCAGGCACCACAUUGGAGGUGCAUGAGCAGGCGCUACAACUAGCUAUGACCUACGACUGGCGCUGGUGCCGCAAGUGCAACCGCGGCAAGCCGCCGUUGUCCCAUCACUGUAGCAUAUGCAACAAAUGCGUGUUAAAGAUGGACCACCACUGCGUGUGGAUGGCCAACUGCAUUGGCUUCUUCAACUACCGGCACUUCGUGCUCUUCCUCUUCUGGAUGUGGGUGGGCUCGCUGUACUCGGCGAUGGUGUACCUGGUGGAGUACCCGCUGCUGUUCAAGCUGGAGUCGCGGGAGUGGGACCGCCGCGGCUUCCUGCCCUUCUUCAUGUUUAUCCUGUCGGCGUCUAUAUGGCUAGGCAUAUCAGCUUUAUUCUGGUGGCACGUUUGGCUCAUCCUCACGGGGCAAGGGACCAUUGACUACCUGGACAACACCCAGAAGGUGGCUGACGCAAAAGCGCAGGGACGGCAGUGGGUCAACCCGUACCACCUGGGAGCUGUCGCCAACUGGCAGGAGACGUUCGACGUGCGGGGCCGGUGGUGGUGGCUGGCAUGGAUGCUUCCCACGCGGAGACGCAAGCUUGGAAACGGCUACGUGUUGCCUCAGGUUGAUAUAUUGGUCCUGGACAAGGCCGAGAGUGCCGGGAGCCUGUCGCAUAGAGGCACAGCUGGUAGCAGCAAUUACGUGUAGCGGGUCAAGGCGCUGAAAGCAGAGGGGCCACGCCACUUUAGCAAGGCUUGCGCAGGGCCCGCAAGGCCCGGGUAGGCACCUGAGGUAGAUGUGCAACAAAUUGAAUACGCUUUAGUUGCAAGGCGUUCCAGAUUGUUGACGGAGGCGCCUUGGCGUGAGUUCAGGGCGCAAGUAUGUGUGCGCGUCUGUGCAAGACAUGUUGGUCGGGGGCGUGGUCGGGGGCGUCUGUUGCGUCCCUUUAUGCGGUGUAUGCGUGUGCACAGUAGAUGGGUGAUGGAGGACAGAGGUUGCGUGACAGGGGUAACUGAGGAUCAGCGGACAAGCACCCUAGUACGCUGUGCGAAGAGGGCGUGCGGGAGAGCUUCAAAGCUUUUACAACGAGGCCGCUGCACCGCCUGUUAGUGAUGGGAGUGUAUUUAUUUGUUCAUUUAAACGUAGGGCUUCCGGUAUUUGAAGCACUGCUUGAUCGGAUGACAAUGGGGCUGGAUUCCGCGAUUUCUGUUUGCAGGGAA